AUGGAUACAAGUAAUCCCAGAUUAAAUGUUAGUGCCAGUGAUAAUUUCCGUAUUCAACAGUAUUACGUUAUCAUAGACAGACUUAAUAAUGACAUGGAAAAACGCAGAGCAGCUUAUAAAGUAUUAUACGAAAGGUUUAACUUUCUUCUUGACAACAGAUCUUUGUCGAGUGAGGAAGUUGUGGCUAAAACCAAGGCACUAAUUCAGUUGUAUCCAUCAGAUCUCGAAGACGAAUUUACCGAUGAGUUUUUGCUGUUUUCUCAAAUGUUUAGUGAUGGUAAAUCGGUGUUUAAGCUGCAAAUAGACAAUAAACUAGUUGCAAGUUUUCCCAAUGUUAAUAUCACUUUCAGGAUUUAUCUCUUUAUAUUAGGCACGAAUUCAGAAGGUGAACGUUCUUUUUCAAAAUUAAAACUGAUUAAAAAUUAUCUGCGUUUAACUAUGGGACAAGCCCAACUAUCCUCCCUGGCACUGCUAUCAAUUGAAAAUGAAGUAAUGCGGGAGAUGACAUUUUAA